AUGCAACUAUUGGAUCUGAACGAAGACUGUAUACGUUUAGUGUUAUUAUAUUUGGAUGCCAAAAGUCUAUGCAGAUUUUCGCAAAUUUCAAAAUUGGCUAAAGAAUACUGUGAUCGAAAUAGGAAUGCUAAAUGGUUUCCAAAAGCAAAUUUUGAUGUUGUAACUACAGCCGAUCUUGAAUUGAGCAAGUUUCAAUAUAUUGCACAAAAUGAUAUAACUGAUGUCAUCUUAGAAGGAGCAACUACAAGUUUACGGACUUUCUCCUUAGAUUCUCUUCUAGACAGAACAAGAUAUGGUCGUUAUAAUCUGGCACUUGUUACACUUGUUGCCAGAUUUUUUGACCUCAGCACUGCGUUACGGUGUCUUGACGAAGCACGAAUAACCAAUGCUAAACAGUACAGCUUUUCUUGGGAAGAUAUUGAGAACGGUGCAGAAACAAAAGUCGGUUUAAAGGAGAAUAACUCCAUGACUCGAGAAACUUUAGUACAAAUUGUUGGAUUCGACUGCGAUGCUUGCAAAGCCAUUUUGAAAAUUUAUGCUGAUGUCAUCGGGCCUUUUGACGAAAAAGCAGAUUUAGAAAAACGAGCGGAAAUGCAGUACAGUUUACUACUACAAACGUUGUCAGAUGAAAACAAGUCCCUCGAAUUAGCUAAUUUGUGGAACACAGCUGAAAAGUUGCUAUCAAUGAUAGAGCAGUUUUGUAAGGAUAGUGGUGAGCAUACAGGUACGCUGGCAGACUUUCGGUUCUCCUUUAUUGUUGUAAACGGGAGCAUAGUGAUGAGUUCGCUAAAGAUACUUCUAAGAAAGUUAAAGCAGGAAGAAAUAUUACAUCAUUACGCUCAUUACGGCAACAGUUUUGUGCUUAUACCCAAGAACCUUCUUCGACUUAACCUCUGCUUGGAAGAGGUCAGCCCGGGAAAUCUUUCAGUAUGCAUCCAGAAUGCUCGAGGUUUAUACGUCGAUCAAAUACUGGUAACUUUUUCUUUCGCUAAUUUUGCCUUCAAAGUGCCACAAUUAGUAGUAGAUUAA